AGUUGCCCCUGGCAUCAGUAAGUUGUCAAAUGUUUAUAAAUAAAAUUUAAAAAAUUAACAAGCCGUGUGCUUAUAGCACAAAAAAACCAAAAAAAAUCAAAAAAAAAAAAUUACCAAUGUUUUAAUAAUAAAUUAAAAAGUUGUGCGGAAUGUAUGAAUGUAAAUUUUAAAUUAGAAAUUUAAAAGUCAUAUCAAUGACACAAAAUUUAUAGUUAAAAAAAAACUUUUUAUUUCAAAUUUUAAAUUCCAAGUAUUUAUAUAUUUUUUUUUACUUUUGAAAAAUAAUAAUUUAAAAAAAAAAAAAAAAUGCCUUGUGACGGUAAAAAUCAAAAUUGUGAAAGACGUCGUGAGUUGUUAUCACAAUUAAAAUGUCUCAUAAGUUCAAUGGACAGAAGGAAACCCUGUGAAUGGGAUGAGCCAACAAAUUCACCACCACCAAAUUGUUGUCCAAUUGAUCCAUGUUGUGUUCAAGAUCCAUGCUGUACAAUUUUAAAAGCUUGCAAAAGUUUUGAGCUUCGUAGCAGUAUAAUGUACAGAUGUGAAUGUAUAAAACGUAAUGGUUUACAAGACAGAUGUAUGAUGAUGGAUUGCAUGGGUCGUCCUGAAUGUAUGACAAAGUUAUAUCCAGUAUGUGGACCAGGUCAAGCAGCUCUAUUAAAACUAACUGAUCUUGGUGAUACAAGAAUUGCUUUAGAAAAGUUUUACAGUGCUGAUAGAGCAAGAGAAUCUGCCCUAGCUAAUUAUUGUCGUUUAGCUUGUCCUGAAAAUCCUUGUCCACCACCACGACCACCACCACGACAACAACAAUCAUGCUCAGUUCCUAUAUGUGCUUAUCCAGCAUAUAUUCAAUGCUGAUAAUAUUUAAUUAAUUAGACAACAAAAUCAAUAAUAUUGUACAAUGAAAAAUAAGAAAAUAAUAAACACUUUAUUAAUGAUAUGAACA